AUGAAGACCUAUGUUGUCUUCUUCGUGUUGAUAGCGUUUGUUCUCCGCCUCCUUACAAAUCGUUUUAAGAGAGGUCUUCGAGAUAUUCCUGGCCCCACAAUCGCCAAGUGGACCCGGCUGUGGAAGCUUCACAGUGUAUGGAAGGGUGACCAUCAUACAACUGCCAUUGAUCUGCAUCGCAAGCAUGGCUACUUGGUGCGCAUCGGCCCAAACCACGUGUCGGUCAGCGAUCCGACAGCGGUACCCAUCAUAUAUGGCUUGAACAAAGGUUUCACCAAGACCGCGCUUUAUCCGAUCCAGUCCAUAUCCUGGAACAAAAAGGCUCAGGUGAAUCUUUUCUCUGGUCGUGACGAGAAAUUUCAUCGUGAGCAAAAGCGACAAGUUGCCAACGCCUACAGUAUGACCUCACUCCUUGAGCUCGAACCUGCAGUAGAUUCGUGCACACGGAUUUUCGCUUCCAAACUGGGUAGCCAGGCCGAUCAAAAGAAGCCUAUUGAUUUGGGAGUGUGGUUGCAAUACUACGCUUUUGACGUGGUCGGAGAGUUUGUAUUCGCGAAAAAACUAGGUUUCCUCGAAGAAGGGCGAGACAUCGAUGGGAUGAUUGAGGCCAUUCAGGGAAUGCUGGUAUAUGCCAGUCUGUGUGGGCAAAUUCCCGAAAUGCAUCCCCUUUUGCUUGGAAACCCGCUUUUCCCGAUAUUUGUUCCUAGCAUGGAAUCUUGGGAUAAGGUCCUUCAGUUCACACUGAAGGCGAUGAGCUCUCGAAUCCCUUUGAAGCGUGAUGGUGAGCUCAAAGAGGAAAAUAAGCAAGACGGAGCGGACAUGCUAUCACGAUGGAUGGCCGUUCAUCGAGAAAAUCCCCAGAAACUAUCGACGAGGGAUGUUGUCGUUCAUCUUUCAACGAAUGUCUUUGCGGGCUCUGACACCACUGCCAUUGCCCUGCGUGCCGUCGUAUAUCUUCUUAUGCAAAAUCCAGACGUCAUGUCCAAAGUUCAUAGUGAGAUCGACGACGCAUCUCGCGACGGAAAAAUCAGUGACCCAGUGUCCUAUCGCGAAUCUUUGACACACCUUCCAUUUUUGGGUGCAGUCUUUAAGGAGGCUAUGCGCCUACAUCCCUCGGUUGGACAGGCCCUCGAGCGCGAAGUCCCACAUGGAGGAGUGACUAUCUCCGGAAAGCAUAUACCUGGUGGAACAACAGUCGGUAUCAACGCGUGGGUUCUACACCGGGAUAGUCGUGUCUUUCCUGAUCCCGAAUCGUUCAUCCCUGAGCGAUGGCUAGAUUCUCGGCCGGAAAAGCUGAAGGAGAUGGAACAAACCUUCUUCAAUUUUGGCCAUGGGCCACGGAGUUGUAUCGGAAAGAACAUUUCCCUCAUGGAGAUGCAUAAAGUUGUACCGCAGCUGCUUCGGGAGUUUGAAUUCCAGAUGCACGGCCCGGAGAAAGAAUGGAAAACAAAAAAUGUGUGGUUUGUGCAGCAGGAGGGGCUCAUUUGUGAUGUUGUGCGAAGGAACGGCCAAAAGGCAUGA